AUGAAUCCCAUAAGUCGAAAACCGAGGGCAGUGUCCCGAAAGAUUCUGACUCCCUCACCCAGAUUUGCAAGUCUAACACAAGCCAACUCAACUUCACAACAGCAGCCAUUGCAGGCCGUAGACAAACAGGAUCUUCUUCAGAAAUACCGGGAGGUAGGAAAUGGCCACGAAGCAGGUGAAGACAUAUUUGGUGGAGCUGAAGAGUCGGAUUUUGGCUUGGGUGACGAUUUCAAAACUUUGAAAAUUUCGAGCCUGGAUCUCAAUACGAUCAGACAAAACCAUGCGGAGGCCAGGAAAGCGAUAAAAUUCGAUGAUGAACUUGGGCUACAAGACCAGGGCACAAUUUUUGGCAAGAAUGGCUACUCUCCACUAGACUCAUUGUCCACCUCUUCACCAAAACAGUCUGUUUUCACACCAGUUUCCCGUAAUUCAGAGUCUACGGAUCGAAAUAAUGGCAUCAGAAGAGUGACAAAGGAAUCUUUAUCGGAUUUCAGUGAAGGAGAAGAUACGGACAUAACAUCAGAGUUCAAUGAUAACGAUUUCGAAGACUUGGAUAACAUCUUUGGAAAUGAAGAAAGCGGCAUUUACGAUAAAAUGAACAAGAUUCUUUCCAACAAAAAGCUGGCAUUACAGAAACAGGCUGAUUCAGAAGAAAUUGAGCUCAGAAGCCAGUUGGAAAAACAGCAAGAGCAACAAAGAAAUACGCUCCUGGAUGUGAACGCUACGCUCAGAUUAAGGGAUUUCAACAAAAUUCAGAUAGAUGCCCCUAAAAACAACUUGACUUCACAGAAUUUAAACAUACUUGAUCAGAUUGAAAAUGAGAAGACUGUCAAUUACGAAUAUACCAGAGAUGAUUUCGAAGAGUUCGAAACUGGCUUUGAGGAUAACUUUGAAAGCAAUCUCAAGAACAGCAGAUCUGUGGGACCAAAAGCCACAAAUAUGGCUACGGUUCGAUCCAAAGCAUCUAUGCCUAUUCUCAGCAGAAAUAACUCUUCUUCAGUAAGGCGAUUCAAGUCAAAUAUGGAUCUAGUAGGGAGUUAUGGCUUUGAGAACAUUGAUGAAGAGCUGAUGCAUAAUGAACCAGAGUUCAACUACAACAACAACGUAAUCCGUAAGUUAGACAGAAUACCGUCGUUCUACAACAGCAACAGCAACAGCCGAAACAGCGAGCUUUCUUCACGAAAAUCACAGCUUCUUACCAAAUACAAGGAGCAAGCACUUUCUGAAAAAGAGAAAAAGAGACAAAGUAGACUUGCGAGGGCUGGACCUGAACAAAGCAAGCAUCCCAAACUAGGAUUGGUGAAGUAUUUAAAUAAUAACUCGGUAAUUAAAAACCCUUCUAUACCGACAAACAACAAGAUGAUGCGGUACAACUCUGUACGACAAGAAUGGGAAGGAAACGAACACGAUCUUCUCCGAUUUGAUAGCUUGAGCAAGCCUUCGCUUAUAACGAUGAAUGAGCUCCAAGAUCCGAUUGAUGACGAUUCCCUCAAACCGAAAAUAGGAAAGUUAGACGUCAAGGACAGUAGAAAUCCUCAUAUGGUGUACGACAACGAGAACAGAAGAUGGAUCAACUUGAGGGAGGAAGACGACUCCAUUUUCAACGACAUUGAAGAUCUUGUUGAGGAUAAUGGAAAUCUUGCCAAAAAGGAAUACGUGUUGGCAUCACCUCCACGCCAAAUUAAACCAAACACACUAGCAUUCAAGGGUUCGAUCUCUCCUUUUGUAGUACCAAAUAUUACGCAUUUGCAAUCACCCAUCACCACUCGGGGAAUAAGUCAGUUCACCCAGAGGACAGCUUCCAGCAAUACAAAUUCGUCUGCUACAGAAAGCUCAGAAGAGGAAGUAGAUGAAGCGUUCAAACUUUCCGCCAAGCUUAUAGACAAGUUCUACAAAGAAGAAGUGAAGAUUAUCAAGAAAACCCAGCAUUGGUUCAAUGCCAACGAGGCUUACGAUUACAAUAUCAAGAAAAUGAAUUUCACAGAUACCGAGUACUACUGGGAAAUCCGCAAGAUGGUUAUGGAGAAUGAAUAA